AUGGCACCACGAUGCAGCCGUAUCCUCUCUCACGGACUUCAGCCACCACCUUCUCCUCAUAUCGAAGCAGCUUUCUUUCAUGAGCCUCUUCAAUCCCUUCUUCCCAUGCCAUUAAGACCCUUCUCAUUCUUUAUUACUCCUAGUAGCCUCUUCUCAUUCUCUUUUACUCCUAGUAGCCUCUUCUCAUUCUCUUUUACUCCUAGUAGCCUCUUCUCAUUCUCUUUUACUCCUAGUAGCCUCUUUUCAUUAUCAUUUACUCCUAGUAGCGCCAUCCCCUUCUCUUUUAAUCCUAGUAAACCCUACUGUUGUCUUUUACAACUAGUAGCCUUUUCUCAUUCGCUUCUUCUCAUUAUCUUUUCUUCUCAGAGUAGACUCUUCUCUUCCUCUUUUACUCCUAGUAUCCUCUUUUCAUUCUCUUCUACUCCUAGUAACCACUUUUCAUUCCCUUUUUCGUCUAUUUACACACUUUCUUUCGUUUCUUCUUCUUCUUCUUCUUCUUCUUCUUCUUCUUCUUCUUCUUCUUUACUUCUUCGGACCUUUACUAACUCUUCUUCUUUUCUCAUCCUUCUAGUCCCUUUUACGACUUCUUUUUCUUAUCAUUCUUAUUAUUAUUUCUGCUAUAUUCUUUUUUCUUUCUUUCUUUCUUUCUUUCUUUCUUUCUUUCUUCCACUCCUCCUCUUCUUAAUCAUUCUUCUUUCUUAA